ACCCCGAUAGAUAGUCCCCCAAACACAAAACACUGUAAAACCCUAGCAAAGUCUCUCUCUCUCACUCUCUCUCUGCACCAGAACCUUCUCCGCCUCCGGCGAAGCCUAAGCAGCAGCCUCGUCGCAAAUCUCCACCGUUCUCUAUCGUCCACCUCCGCACUCUCCUCUGUCCCACGCUCCUCUUCCCCUUCCCCUUCCUCCUCCUCCUCCCCCGCCGUUGUUCAAUCUCUCCAAUUCCGAUUCCAAUCUCGAUCAUUCAGGUCGUCCUCCUUCUCUUCUGCACGGCCGCCUUACGGCAGCAACAACCAAAAUGACGAGAUUGGCCCCGACACCAUACUCUUCGAAGGCUGCGAUUACAACCACUGGCUCAUCGUCAUGGAUUUCCCCAGAGAUAACAAGCCUUCUCCCGAAGAGAUGGUCAGAACUUAUGAGGAAACCUGUGCUAGAGGCUUGAACAUCAGUGUGGAAGAGGCAAAAAAGAAAAUUUAUGCUUGUAGCACAACAACGUAUACAGGCUUUCAGGUGUUGAUGACUGAGGAAGAGUCUGAGAAGUUUAAUGGCAUACCUGGAGUUAUUUUUGUGUUCCUGGAUUCUUUAUUUUUCUGCACGAUACUGGAAAAAUGAGUGGGUGAGCGGUUUAACAUCUUGGCAAACGGCUUUGGAGAUUGUAAGCCCCAACGACACAGGAACGAGCAUUUUCGGGGAGAGUUCAGACCUGGAGGGGAAUCACUAAUGUCUCCCUCUUAGUUGCCCAGUCUACUUACUUCUCAAAUCAAAAGAAGCGGCUGGGCGAGAACAAGAAGCGGUCAUCGAAAUUUUUGUUGAUUCCACAAGCCUUGAAAGUACAUUGGAGGUACAUGUGCAAAAGUAACAGACCAGCUUGAUCAAGAAAAGGCUUAUGUUGUUUGGAACCCUGGUUCACAAUUCAGUAUUUGCAACUGCAGUUGGGCACAAAUAAGGAACCUGUGUGAGCAUAGACUCAAGAUACUCAAGGUU